AUGGCCCCCCCAAUCCGUCCCUUCCCCUUUCCCAUUCACAUCGGCACCGACAUAUGCCAAAUCUCACGCAUAUACAGCAUCCUAUGCGGCCCGCGCCGCACGCGCUUCAUCAACCGCGUCCUUGCCCCCGAGGAGGUUGCCCGCCAUGACGCGCGGCUGAACUGGUCGGCGGCCUGUCCGAAAGGGGACACCUGCCACGCAGACGGCGGCAUCAGAGGCACGGACCUGUGGAAGACGGCUGCGUUUGUGGCAGGACGGUUUGCCGCCAAGGAGGCCGCCAUCAAGGCGCAUUGGCGCCGGAGACUCACCUUCCACGAUGUCAUAAUCGAGCGGAGGGCCGGCGGGCGGGGGGACACGCUGGGGAGCGGACCGCCCGUGGCGAGGAUCAGGGCCGGCGCGGGAGACGCGGAGGAUGCCUGUGCUUUGGUGUCGAUUAGCCACGAUGGGGAUUACGCGACGGCCGUUUGCGUCGCGCACGACGGGACGGCUUGA